UCUAUUUCUUCCCCCUUCAUCGACAUUAGGGAUCAGGUACCUAUGUAGUCUCAUGAUCUCAACCAUCACGAAGUACUUACAUAACAUAAGAAAUACCAUUUUUGAAUCAUUCGGACAUUUUUAUAUUAUUCCUCCUAUCAGUCUUAUUAUUCCAAACACCAAAGAUAUUAUAUCCUCCUUAUAGAUCUACAAUUUAUACCACAAACAUUUUUCCAGUUAUGCAGCAGGCUCUGCCGUUUGUCCAAGUCAGAGAUCUACCCUCUUCAGCUUCAUUUUACUCGGCUAUUACUCAACCACUGAAGCUACGGUACAUCUCUGCUAAUUCAUCUUCCAUCGUAUUUGGUGACACAACCGCUCCUUUUCCCGAACCAGUACUAGAAGUGAGAAAAGUCGGUGCCGGUCAACGGCCAAGGCCAGCGCGUGUUCUACUUUCAGCCCAAUCACCAUCGGUUGUGUCUGCUUUCCGGGCAGCUGCCCUACGAGCGGAUCCCGACAUACUAGUUAGCGGCGAUGGCGAAAGGCGAGUAGAAAUCAUCGACUUCGACGGGAACAAAAUAGAAGUUGUUUGCUCUUCAGCCCCUGGAUACCCAACUAGCAACUAUGCGGGUUCGACAGCAGGGAGUAUGCUUGCGCCACGAGACCCUCGGACCAUGAUGCGGCGGAGCGCCACAACUUCUACCGUAGAGGCUCCACCACCACCAAGUGAAGCCGCAUCAAGAGGAUUCGGUAAUUCAGGUACUGCUGCUACUAAUACAGCUACUGGCUUUGGUGCUGGCACCGGCAUCGGCACCGUUCUUGGAGCCGCAGCCGUCGGUGUCGCUGUUGGCGGUGCGCUGACUUACGCCUUCAUGAGGAACGACCGCCAGCGUGCCCCGCGCCAAGAAUAUGACCCACCCUCGACAGCAGUCCAGAGGCGCGCAUCCUUUCCCGAUCCGCAACCGGAUCGUCGGACUCGCUACAUCGAAGAUUCACCUAGGAAAUAUCCUCCCCAAAGCUAUGGCGCUCGUUAUGCUCAACUAGAAGCACCACCAAGAAGUAGAGCAUUAGAGGAUAUUGAUGAUCGUCGUUCAAAUCAUUAUGGCUCGGGCAGCCGAUCGCGACGUCGUAGUGAGGCUGGCUCGACUAGACACCCGCUUAUGAUUGCUGAUGCGGAGUACAUGAGUGCCGCUCCUUCAAGGACGGGCACUUCGCAGAAAUUACUCAUGGACCACGAGUACCGAAGUCAGGCAGGCGACGAAGACGACCGUUACAGCAGGUAUGCACCAUCAAAAUACACGUCAGCCAGCAGGACGCCAUCGAAACACAAGGGCGAAGGUCGCAGUCGUGACGCUUCUAAAUCAAGAGCAUCCCGAGCACCCGAUGCCGAAACGUACGUAUCAGCACGCACCAGACGGUCUGCUAGUACGGUGCGGCCUGCACCCCAAGUUGAGAAGAGAUCCAGCGGCCGCAGCCGCGCUAACAGCCACGUGAGUCGGGCUACUUGGGAAGAUUGGGAUGAUGAUGACAAUGAUGAUGCGGCAAGUCUCGCACCGAGCGACAGUAUUAGUUGCAUUGGUGAUGAUAGACACAGCAGGCGCUCGCACCGCCGAAGUUCGCAUGCCGGUGGAGCGACUGGAUCGACAGUGGGGCGUUAUCGCAAUGUUGUUAAUGAGUUUGAUGGGAAGCGUAGACCUUUAUACGGAUCGGAAUAUAACUAGGCGAGUCAUGCAUAUACUAUACUCGCUGUGGGUCAGAAUCAUCGCAUUCUUAAGUUCCAAUACCCUAUCCGCACACGCCUCUUGCUUACGCAACCAACAUUCGACAAGAUCAAAAACUACAACACAAGCACACGAACAUCUUCCUCGGAGGACACGACCGGACACAUCUACAUAAAAAUUUUGGAUAUACCUAGAGGGAGGACACUAGCAUUUUGGGAUGGCAACAAAUCUUUUUUUUUUUCUUCAUUUCUGACUAACGAGAGAAUGAGCAAGCGAACAAUAGGGGGACCGGAGGAUUUUUUUCUUUCCUUUUUUUUGAAAUAAUAGCAAAUGGAUGGUUGGUUGCAUGCACGGAACGGAUCGUCUACAUAUACCUAACACUUUUGAAUCUUGGAUUUAUGUUUUGUUUCUUCGUUUAGGUACUUUUUGAGAUCGCAUCAUGUCUAUAUGACUUAUGAGCAAUACAAUACCUUCACUUCCCUUCCCUGCAGGAUGAGUUAUCGAUGGUGUACUAAGAUUGUGAAGUUGUGAAUGUGUCGAACUGUUCUUGCUGAUCGCAACAUGGCAACCAAUUUCGGUAGGAAGGGAGUGAUGACAUCCAGUUUAGAACGUGUUGCAUGAUGUAAAAGGCAAUGAUGCCAUGAAUUUCAACAAGUACAAAUAGUAAAAUAUGAGGAAUAACCCAUAAGUAAUAAUUGAUAUAAAGUAGCACAAUUGAAA